AUGGACGCACUCGCGGGCUACGGCUCGGACGACGGUGAUGUUGCUGAACAGUCGUCUCCCAGGCUGGUCAGGUCGACUAGCAAGAUAACCAGCUCCGAGCCGCUCGACUACGAUCCAUCCGAUGCCUUUGGGCUGAGUGGGCUCAAAUCGGACCAGGCGUCAAUAGCACCAGUCUCACAACAAUCGCAACCUGAACCAGCAGCUUCUGCUGCAAAUCGGUCCUCAAAGAAGAAGCAAAAGACAGCGAUCGCUCCCGCUCCCGCUGCAGCGCCAACACAUUCCAACCCUUCGCAUGCAUCCACUUCAACCUCGACCACAACAGUAGCCCUCGCCCCAAAAGUAAUCGACAACUCUUCCGCUGCCGAAGCGCUACUUUUGCGGCCAGGAGACAGUACGAUGCAUGUCAACAUUCCUUACGCCGACAUGACAGCUCCCCAACUAGGUCCCGAGAACCCCUUCGCCGCACACACCCUCGGCGCACAGCAAAAUACGCUUACGGGACACAUCGAGUCGACGGCAGUCUCGGACUACGAUUUCCGCAAUCAGCAGCGUACCUUCCACGUCUACGGCUACGCAAGAGAUCCUUCGCUUUUGCAUCAAGCUACCGCUGCGCAGGACGGCUCUUUGCAUUACAUUGGCGAUCAGAGUGCAGCAGCACGCAUGCAAGGCGCUUCGGCCGCCGAUAUUCGUGCGAGCAACGCACAGUUUAGACCUGCGACCAAGGCGCUCAAGAAGAAGCGCAACGGUACUGCGGGCGAUCCCGGUGUUGUCGAGGGGGAAGGAGCGUAUGUGGGGCCGUGGGCUAGAUGGGCCGGCGACGACAACGUGGCGACGCAGCUGCUCGGUGAGGAUGCCAAUGUCGGUCCUAGCCAGGCGGAGAUUUCAGCGGCACAGGCAAAGUCCGAGGCGAGGGAGAACGACAAGGCACAAGCGGAGAAGGACCGAAAGGAAGCGGAAGCCGAAGAAAAAGUCACAGAAACAAGCAUCUUCCACGGCAAGAGCAUGUACGACUACCAAGGGCGCACCUACAUGCACAUCCCCACGGACGUCGACGUCAAUCUCUCGGGCGAACCGGGAGAGCAAGAGUGCUUCCUGCCCAAGUCGUGUAUCCACACGUUCCGCGGGCACACCAAGGGCAUUUCGACGCUCAAACUCUUCCCACGUUCCGGGCACUUGCUGCUCUCGGCGUCGCUCGAUACGACGGUCAAGCUGUGGGAUGUUUAUCACGAGGGCAAGUGUCUACGCACGUUCAAGGGGCAUUCGAAAGCGGUGCGCGAUAUUGCAUUCUCCAACGACGGGCGGCAGUUCUUGUCGACUGGGUACGACAAGCAGGUGAAGCUGUGGGACACCGAAACGGGAGCUUGCCUGGAUAGAUUCAGCAACGGCAAGACGGCCUACUGCCUGGCGUUUCAUCCGGACGAGGAUAAGCAGAACAUUUUCCUGGCCGGGAUGAGCGACAAGAAGGUGCUGCAGUGGGACAUGAACACACACACGGUCACACAGGAGUACACGUCGCACCUGGGCGCGGUCAACACGAUCACGUUUGUCGACGGCAACCGGCGCUUCGUGACCACGUCGGACGACAAGACCAUGCGUGGCUGGGACUACGACAUCCCCGUCGUGAUCAAGUACAUUUCCGACCCGACCAUGCACUCGAUGCCCGCGGUCACGCUCUCGCCCUCGCGCAAAUGGCUCGCCGCACAGAGCAUGGAUAACCAGAUCGUCACGUUUGCCGCCGACGGCUCGUUCAAGCAGAACCGCAAAAAGGUCUUCAAGGGCCACAACGUCGCCGGGUUUGCGUGCCAGGUCGGGUUCAGCCCGGACGGCAAGUUUGUCAGCAGCGGCGACGGCGAGGGCAACGUGUGCUUUUGGGACUGGAAGUCCGCGAGGCUCUUGAAGCGGCUGCGCGGCGCGCAUCGCGAGGCGGUCAUUAGCCAUGCCUGGUUGCCCCACGAGACGAGCAAGGUGGUCACGGGCAGUUGGGACGGCGAGAUCAAGUUGUGGGAUUGA